CCUCCCCUCACGCACGCCCCGCCCAUACCCGGGUUCCGCUACAAUAGUGAACGUUCAAAGCGCCCGAACCCGAACUUACGGACAUGGCGAACCAGGUGAUCAGGUGCAAGGCUGCAGUCGCCUGGGAGGCUGGAAAGCCUCUCUCCAUAGAGGAAGUAGAAGUGGCACCUCCAAAGGCUCAUGAAGUUCGAAUUAAGAUCAUUGCCACUGCUGUUUGCCACACUGAUGCCUAUACCUUGAGUGGAGCUGAUCCUGAGGGAUGUUUCCCGGUGAUCUUGGGACAUGAAGGUGCUGGAAUUGUGGAAAGCGUUGGUGAAGGGGUCACAAAGCUGAAGGCAGGUGAUACUGUCAUCCCACUUUACAUCCCACAGUGUGGAGAGUGCAAAUUUUGCCUGAAUCCUAAAACAAACCUUUGCCAGAAAAUAAGAGUCACUCAGGGGAAAGGACUGAUGCCAGACGGUACUAGCAGAUUUACCUGCAGAGGGAAGCCUGUCUUUCAUUUCAUGGGAACCAGCACAUUUUCCGAGUAUACAGUUGUGGCUGACAUCUCUGUUGCUAAAAUUGAUCCUUUGGCACCUUUGGAUAAAGUCUGCCUUCUUGGUUGUGGCAUUUCAACUGGCUACGGUGCUGCUGUGAACACUGCCAAGGUGGAGCCUGGUUCUACCUGUGCCGUCUUUGGCCUGGGAGGAGUUGGAUUGGCAGUGAUCAUGGGCUGUAAAGUGGCUGGUGCAUCCCGGAUCAUUGGUGUCGAUAUCAAUAAAGAUAAAUUCGAAAAGGCCAAAGAAUUUGGAGCCUCUGAAUGUGUUAACCCCCAGGAUUUCAGUAAACCCAUCCAGGAAGUACUCAUCGAGAUGACGGAUGGUGGAGUGGACUACUCCUUUGAGUGUAUUGGCAACGUAAAGAUCAUGAGAGCAGCCCUUGAGGCAGCCCACAAAGGCUGGGGCGUCAGUGUGGUGGUUGGUGUAGCCGCUUCAGGUGAAGAAAUCUCCACUCGUCCAUUCCAGCUGGUGACAGGACGCACAUGGAAAGGGACUGCCUUUGGAGGAUGGAAGAGUGUAGAGAGUGUCCCAAAGCUGGUGUCUGAAUAUAUGUCCAAAAAGAUAAAAGUUGAUGAAUUUGUGACUGGCAAUCUGUCCUUCGAUCAAAUUAACAAAGCCUUUGAGCUGAUGCACUCGGGGAAAAGCAUUCGGACUGUUCUAAAGAUGUAAAUACUGAAGAGAACACUGUCCAUCCUGUACGUUUUCCUGUGAGUGGAUAGGAACAGACUGACAGAAGAUUUGCAAACUAACCGUCUUCAAAAACUACUAGAAGGAAUGGCUCUAAUCAAGGCUCUAAUCAAGGACAAGGCAUUAAAUAGUCAUGUUGGUUUUCUGAACUCUCCACAUAAAUAAUUGCUCCUCAUCAAGGAAUAUUUUAACAUAAUAAAAAUAUUUUCUGCAUUUAUGUAUAAGUUGAACAUCCUGUGCUUUUUAGGCUGCCCAGUAGUGCUGACCCAAAAGAAAGGCUGAUUUUUAAUUCAUCCACAUAGGUUUUGAGAUCAGAACAUUCUUUGCAAAUACCUUUUAGAAAAUGGAUACUACCAUGUAUUCAGUAAAUUUUUGUUAAGUUUUGUUGGCAUAAUUUUAUUGUGCACUGUGUAAAGAUUAUCGUUGUAUUAUUCAAAUGAUGAUUUCUCUGUCCUCACAUCUGGUUGUAAUCCAGGCACAAUAUUAUUGUACUGCUUAUUCUAAGAAUCUCCUGUCUCAAAUUUGUGUAAACAUUUCCCCCCCAUUUAUUCUCUGAUUUGUCAGUAAAACUGAUCAGCCAAUAACUGAGCAGUAUUGAUAAGGCUGGACUUCUGUUUCCAGCAAGGGGAGGAGUUAAGGGAUUCAGCCAAUGAGCAGAGGUCCAGGAGAGAGGAUGAGAAAACAGCUGGAGCAGACAAAGCCAUAAAAUGCAAGCUUCUUGGGGAUUUACAGUGGGAGGCAGGUAGAUUAGCUUAGAGGAUAAAUUUAGACUGGUACUGCUCAGUUAUUGUGCAUAAAAAAAAAUGCUGAAUAAAA